AUGGAAACCAAAGAUGCUACUGGGAAAGAACAUGUGGGGGCCAAGAAAAAGAACCUGACUUUCUUAAGGCACAGGCUGUACAUGUUGGAGAGGAGGAAGACAGACACUGUGGUGGAAAAUAAUCUUGUUGGGGAUCACAGCAGCAGCAGCUCUGGGACUCUGAGGAGGAGCCAGUCUGACAGGAGUGAAUACAGCCAGAAACUGCAAGAAAAGAUGGCACCUCAAGCUGGGUCUUCAAGCCUUGUGGGUUCACCCCUGGAAAAUGAAGAGCAGAGGAACAGACGGAUGAUGGCCAGAAGGCAAAAGAUAAUUGCAGAAAUGAUUCAGACGGAAAAAGACUAUCUGAAUGAUCUGGAGCUGUGCAUCCGAAUGGUGGCUGACCCCUUGAGAAGACAGCAGAUUGCUCGGUUUGAUGUGGACGGCUUGUUUAGCAACAUUGAGUCAGUCCAUCAGAUAUCAACCAAACUGCUGUCGUUGUUAGAAGAAGCAACCAUGGAUGUGGAACCAGCUGUGCAAGUAAUCGGGGAAGUAUUUUUGCAGAUUAAAGACCUGCUAGAAGACACCUAUAAAAUCUACUGUUACCACCAUGACGAUGCACACAUCCUGCUGGAAUCCUACGAAAAGGAUGAAGAAGUGAGGCAACAUUUAAGAGACUGCCUGCAGUCCUUAAAAAAGAUAUAUGAAGAAGGCGGAAAACCAAAUCUACUGGAUAUGGGGUCCCUGAUGAUCAAACCGAUACAGCGCGUGAUGAAAUAUCCGUUGUUACUAUGUGAGCUCUUGAAUUCCACUCCCUUGUCCCACCCAGACCACAAAGCCCUGCAGGAUGCCUUGGCCGCUGUGAAAGGUCUGAAUAUGAACAUCAAUGAACUUAAAAGAAGAAAAGAUUUAGUGCUGAAGUACAAGAAGAAUGAUGACGAUGAAUCUCUGAAAGAAAAAUUCUCAAGACUGAAUAUUCACUCCAUUAGUAAAAAAUCCAAGAGAGUCACUGGCCACCUGAAAAUCCUGACCGGAGGAGAACCUCAGGUGAAAGAUGAAACUUUUAAUAAAGAAGAGAAGUUAUUUAGAAGUCUAGAAAAGACAGUAAAACUCUGUGUGAAGAAUAUUUCAUUGUCUCUACAGCAUCUGGAGGAGUCUAUGCUGUUAGCUGCUCAGAAUAUGACUGAACUUCAAGAUAUUCUACAUGACAGAGAUGAUGAGGAUAGUGCCUCUUCCAAUGUGUUGAUUAAUGCCGAAAACCCCUUUGAAAGAUUUGCAAAGCAGCUAGACAAGAUGGUUUUGACCCCUCUUUCAGCGUUACAGGCCCUAUUCCCAGGCCCUCAGAAACUCAUUCAGAAGCGUUACGAUAAACUGCUAGACUAUAACAGCUACCACCAAAAGGCCGCAGGAGAUGAGAUGGAUCUGGCCAAAAAAGAAUAUGAGGCUCUCAAUGCCCAGCUUGUGGAGGAACUUCAGAGGUUCAACAAGGCAGCAAAGAAAAUUGUGACAAAUUGCCUGUGUUGCUUCCUCACUCUUCUGAGGGAUAUGGUAUCAUCGGCAUUGCAGUCCCAUUCCACAGGGGAAUCCCCCAUAUCUUUAUCUUGUCCAGGAGUCAGUGAAAUUCAACAUCAAGUGCUUGAAGAGGUACACAAUUUGAAUUUUGUCAAAGAAAGCAACAGCAUCAAUUUUAUUGAGAGGAAGCUGAGCUUUGAGAAAAAGAAGCCCACCCCUCUCCAGCCUGAACUUCCACGUCAGACUGAAAGCCACAGGUCAAUGCUAUUGUCUGUCUACAACUCAGACUUGCUGUACCAAGCCAAGCGCAAAUGCAAUGCUACCCAGGAAUUCGAUAUUGAUCUCUAUGAAGGAGAACUGGUGGCUGUUGUGGAGCAGAAGGACCCUUUUGAAAGUGCAAGCAGAUGGCUUGUCGACACUGGCAUUAUGAAAGGAUAUGUUUAUUCCUCCUUCCUGAAACCCUACAAUCCAGCAAAGGUACAAAAGGAUGCUGGGGAGACCAGUUUUUGUGACGGUGAUUUUGAUAACAUCAGCCUUUUUGUCUCUUCACGGUCAACGGACGACAACCUGACAAAACCUGCAGGACACAAAAGAAGUGGCAGCAGUUCUUCCUAUAAUAGCCUGUUUGAAAAAACAUCUAUUAAUGGGGUGGAGGCGGAUAUCUUACACGAAGUGGAUGACCAACAUACGUUCUAUGCAGUUCAUGCAUUUCAAGCAAGGAGCCAUCAAGAGCUCAGUCUUCAGGAGUAUCAGCGAGUUCGAAUCCUUCGUUUUUCUGAUCUGAGUGGCAAUAAAGAAUGGUGGUUAGCUGAAGCCAAAGGACAAAAGGGAUAUGUUCCAGCCAAUUACCUUGGGAAGAUGACAUAUGCAUAA